GGACUUCACGGAGCAGCCCCUGGUUUGGCUUCCUCCGCGCCCAGAAGCGGCUGAAGAAAAACUACAAUUCCCAGCGUGCUUAGAACGCGCGUCGGCCUGGAAACGCGCGAAGUCCCGCCCCCUCACUCCGGCAACGGGAAGAGAAGUUCUGUGAAAUGCUCUUCUCCUAUUGGUGGGCUCUCGGAGAGGUCAAUUGCAGAGUUCUCACCGCCUUCGCUCCAUUGCAGCCCGCGGGUUCUCCGCCCGUUACCAAGAUGGCGGCAGAGGCAGCCGGUGGCAAGUACCGAGGCACAGUCAGCAAAAGCAAAGACCCCUCGGGGCUGCUCAUCUCUGUGAUCAGAACGCUGUCUACCAGUGAUGAUGUUGAAGACAGAGAAAAUGAGAAGGGUCGCCUUGAAGAAGCCUAUGAGAAAUGUGAUCGUGACCUGGAUGAACUGAUUGUGCAGCACUAUACAGAACUGACGACAGCUAUCCGCACAUACCAGAGCAUCACAGAGCGAAUCACCAACUCCCGAAAUAAAAUAAAGCAGGUCAAAGAAAAUCUGCUUUCAUGCAAGAUGCUGCUGCACUGCAAACGGGAUGAGCUUCGCAAACUGUGGAUUGAAGGAAUUGAACAUAAGCAUGUCUUGAACCUGCUGGAUGAAAUUGAGAAUAUCAAGCAAGUGCCUCAGAAGCUGGAACAGUGCAUGGCCAGCAAGCACUAUCUCAGUGCCACCGACAUGCUGGUGUCAGCAGUCCAGUCUUUGGAGGGCCCCCUGCUCCAAGUAGAAGGACUGAGUGACCUUAGGCUGGAGCUUCACAGCAAGAAGAUGAAUCUUCACUUGGUUCUCAUAGAUGAACUGCACCGGCACCUGUACAUCAAAUCCACCAGCCGAAUUGUGCAGCGUAACAAGGAAAAAGGGAGAAUGAGGUGGGUUACAGAGGCUCUUUGGCACAGUGUACUGUGGCCAUGUGGAAUAUUAUUUGUUUCUCAGAAUAUUGUAGUUUUUUUUUUACUUUUCUUUUUAAUAUACUGUUUUCGAUGCUCUAUAUUCUGA